GCACUCUCUUUGUCAUUGUCUGGGUGAGUAAAUUGCUGUUGUUAGGAGAUGUUGAUACCAAAAGACAAGCAGGUAGGUAGGCUGCAGCAGCUAUAUUGAUUGAACUAAUCUUCCAGUUGUUUUCACUAAGGCUGUUAGGAUCCCUUAAGGCCUGACCUUCCAGCUAUUGUGGUUGGGGUUUAGUUUUGUUUUUAAUUCUUUAAUUACAGACCUGAAGCAGUGCAUUCAGUAUACAGUGUGUAGUGACCCAACUGGUUAGAUUCUUUAACUGGCAGUGUUCAAGGCCAGGUUGGACAGAGCCUUGGACAACCUGAUCUAGUGGGAGGUGUCCCUGCCCAUGGCAGAGGGGUUGGAACUCGAUCUUAAGGUCCUUUCCAACCCAAACCAUUCUGUGAUAACAUGACUUUAUUUUCUCUGUUGUUUUCAGGUAACCAUCACUGUAAUUGGUUUGUGCCCUACCAAAAUUAUUGCAUCCUCUUCCGCUGUCACCAGCUGAGUGUGUGCCACAAUGCUGGGGAACGAGACAUCAAAGAUCUGCUUGGAGGAAUCCUGUUUCACCACCAAAGCUAUCCACAGAAAAAGAGGAGGAUGCUGAAUGCACAAGUUGACCAAAACAAUGUGGAAAACCUGUCCUUACCUGUUCAAACUCACAAGAUUCAUCUGAGGGAUUUUCUUGGGGCUGACAGUGGAAAUGUAACAACAAAUGCAACAGAAACAAUUGCAAGCAAUACUAACACUGCUGCCACAGCCGUAACAACAACUGCAAGAGAAACAAUUGCAAGCAAUGCUACCACCACCAUAGCAACCACCACUGCUGUCACAGACAUAACAAAAGAUGUUAUAAAUGCAACUGUCCUCACUUCAGCUUAUGAAACAACUGCUGAAGCCUCAAAUGCCCGUGAAGUUUCUGGUCAUCUUUCUACAGCUAUGUCAUCCAUUCCCUCUUUUCCCACGUCUGGUAACAUCUCUGCUUCCACAUCCAGCCAUGUCACCAAGCGUGUGGCCACCACUGAAAAAUCAGGAAAUAGUAGCUCUGUCUCAGGGUUGUCCCCCACUUCUGCUCUUCUCACUGUCACUUCAGGUACUCCAGUGAGUCAGACAGAGCAGUUUAAUCCAGCCAUCACCACCACCAGCACUCCCUGCUCUAGUAGCCCCACCACUACUGAAGCUGGCCUGAAGACACUGACCACAACACUGGCCACCUCCAUCCCACCAGCUGUAGGAACAUCUGCCACUACUUCCACUCAUGCCAUGAAAAUUACACCCUUGGAGAGUUCUCACUCUGUGAAUCCACUCCCUGUUACAUUGCCAAAUCUAGAUUCAGAAGCACGUAUAGCCACAACAUCCUUGAGUAAAUCGACUUCUCAUAUGGGCUCUACAAGAAGUGCCACAGUUUUAAUUACUGCCCAUAUAGCAGAAACUGUGCCUGGGCAUGGGAUAGAGUCAACAGCUCACAUUUUUUCAACAGCCAUCGUUCCAGCAGGUGCACCCAAAGCAACAGUUUCGGGCCUUGCAGAAACUCAGGACAUAGACAAUGAGUAUCUUCUCAUUGCAGCAGAGCCCCUGACUCAGUACUUGGUGGAUAAAAGUUUGCUUCUUGCAGUGCUUUUAGUUGGUAUGGUGUUUUUCAUAACUGUUAUAGUUCUUUUCCUUAUGCAGGCCUAUGAGAGCUACAAGAAGAAGGAUUACACGCAGGUGGAUUACCUGAUCAAUGGAAUGUAUGUGGACUCUCAGAUGUGAAAGGGUGGGGAUAAAACAGUGGGCAGAGAGAUGGAAAGGAGACUGAAGGCCUGCCUGACUUAUUUUUCUUUCCUGUUUGCCUAUAACACAAACUGAAAGCGCUUCCAAAUUUACUUGUGCAAUUGAGGAGAAAUGCCAUGUACUGUAUUAAGAAAAAUGUUAUUUUUUAUUCAGCUGUGCCACAGGUUGCUGUAAAAAUAAUUUUAAAAAGAAGUAUUCAUUUUUAAAACUUCCAUAAUGCACAGUAGCUUUGGCUGUUAUUUCUCAUUGCAAACCAAACCUGACAAGGGGUAAAAGCCAUCAUGCUUGGAACAUGCUGUGGUACUUUCUCAACUUUUUACAGUGCAAGUUGCUUGUGUUUCAUUUGUUUCACAUGGGCUCUUCUGAAAAUGUUUUGUGAAGUGCCCUGAAAUCUCAAGAUGAGAAGUGGGGAGUAUUGCUGCAACAGGUAACUUCUAAUCCAAGGUGUGUCAUGUUUCAGUAUGCCUCUUGCUUGUAAAGAGGUCUGUUUACAAGGCAUUGUGAACUGCGUUUACUGCUAACCCAAGAUAUCUUUUAGCCAUGGAGCAGAUUAUUGUGCCUCUGCACUUAAAUUAUAUUAUUUUUGUAUUCACUUAAUAAAUGGGGCCCUGGAAGAGCAUAUCUUA